AUGGGUUUACUGUGGUGGCGGAAGGAGAAGAAUUCUCAACCGGAAGCGAAGUCGUCGACUGAGAACGCGAAGAAUGGUGGCGGCCCGGUGAAAACUACGGCGGAGGCGCCGGGGAUGAACGGUGCAGUGGAAGUUCCUCGACCUACGAACACGAGCGUAUCCGUUUUCGAGUUUGGUUCCGUUGCUGCUUCUAACGAUAAGGUUAUGCUCGCUGGCUUUUGUCCUGUCUCUGAAGACCUUGAGCCUUGCCGUUGGGAGAUUCUCCCCGCGAUUGAGUCCAACGGGCCGCAGUUUCGCGUUAUUUUCUGAUGUGUUGUGUUAUGUACUUUUUGUGUAUUUUUCAACUCUUUGCCUUAUAUUGGAUCAAAGUUGAUGUGUUCUUGUAUUGAUAUGACUUUGAUAUGAAUGAAUGUGUUUUCUUUUGGAUA